AUGGCCUCGGCCCAUGUGAUGAAGGGACCAGUUCCCAGAAUGCAACCUGCCAUGAUGAUGUUCUCCAGCAAGUACUGGACCAGGAGGGGGAUGUCUCUGGACUCGGCCAUGUUUGACCAGCAGCAGCUCCGCCACACGGGGGGGCAGAUGUCUCGUCGUCCGUCUUUCUGUCCAAUCAACGAGCAGCCGGAGACAGAGGGCGGAGCCUCAGAGAAAACAGCCGUGGUGUUUUCUCUGAAGAACGAAGUCGGAUGUUUGGUCACAGCUCUGAGAAUCUUCCAGGAGAAGCGAGUGAACCUGCAGCACAUCGAGUCGAGGAGGUCCAAGCGAGCGAACGAGGUCGAGAUCUUCGCCGACUGCAGCUGCAGCAAGAAGGAGUUUAACGAGCUGGUGGAACUUCUCAAAGGUCACGUGAAGGUCGUGUCCGUCAACACGGCUGCACACGCGUGGUCGACUGAAGCAGAGGAAGACGAUGUCCCCUGGUUCCCGAUGAAGAUCUCGGAUCUGGAUCAGUGUUGUCACCGGGUUCUGAUGUACGGAUCCGAGCUGGACGCCGAGCAUCCUGGUUUUAAAGAUAACGUUUACCGCCUGCGGAGGAAAUACUUUGUGGAAGUGGCCAUGAAUUACAAAUUCGGACAGCCCAUCCCUCGGAUCGAGUACACCCCUGAGGAGAUCAAGACGUGGGGGGUGGUGUUCCGGGAGCUGAGCAAACUGUACCCGACCCACGCCUGCAGAGAGCACCUGCAGAACCUGCCCCUGCUGGUCAAGCACUGCGGCUACAGGGAGGACAACGUGCCACAGCUGGAGGACGUGUCCGUCUUCCUCAGAGAGUGUUCUGGAUUCACAGUUCGUCCUGUCGCAGGUUACUUGUCUCCAAGAGAUUUCCUGGCGGCUCUAGCGUACCGAGUGUUUAACUGUACUCAGUAUGUUCGUCACAGUACUGACCCACUGUACACACCUGAACCGGACACGUGUCACGAGCUGCUGGGACACGUUCCUCUGUUGGCCGACCCUAAGUUCGCUCAGUUCUCUCAGGAGAUCGGGUUAGCGUCUCUCGGAGCGUCCGACCAGGACGUCCAGAAACUGGCCACCUGUUAUUUCUUUACUAUUGAGUUUGGACUUUGCAAACAAGACAAAGAGCUGCGAGCGUACGGAGCCGGACUGCUGUCGUCCAUCGGGGAGCUGAGGCAUGCUCUGUCUGAUCAGGCGUGUGUGAAGACGUUCGACCCGAAGACGACAUGUGACCAAGAAUGUCUCAUCACAACUUUCCAGGACGUUUACUUUGUCUCCGAGAGCUUCGAGGAGGCGAAGGAGAAGAUGAGGGAGUUUGCUAAGACCAUCCAGAGGCCGUUCUGCGUGUUCUACAACCCGUACACGCAGAGCAUGGACCUGCUGAAGGACACACGCAGCAUCGAGCGCGUGGUGCAGGACCUACGCAGCGACCUCACCACCGUCUGCGACGCUCUGGGCAAGAUGAACACCUACAUGGGAAUCUGAUCUCUGAUUGGUCCACAGCUCUCAUGUAGCUGAAGCCUUUCAUCACAGCAACCUCUCCUUCUGUCAGUACACACAUGUAGUACACACAUGUAGUACACACAUGUAGUACAUUAUAAUAAUCUUCCUGUGAUCGUGAGUCUUGAGUCACUGUCC